ACUCAUCUAUGCAAAUCGUACUGUCAAGGCAACAGCUGUCAAAUGGUAUACGUCAGACAUUUCAACACAAAUUGGUCGCAUGCACUUUGACACUUUUCGUAGAAUUUUGUGCUUAGCUCAGUAGUUGAACGAAUGCUUAUAAAUUCUAAAUUAUUUAUAUAGAUGAUAGUAUUAAAAUAAUAAGGUAUUAAAAUUUCAAAUUAUAUCAAGCAUUAAAGAUGACGUUGUACCAUUUUGGUAAUUGUGUUGCGCUCGUUUAUGUGCCAUACUACAUGACCUACAAAUACUCUGGCCUUUCUGAAUAUGGCGCAUUUUGGAAGUGUAUACAAGCUGGUGGCAUUUAUAUAUUUACACAGCUUUGUAAAAUGCUUGUGUUAGCAACUUUUUUCGAUUCUGAUACUUUAAGUAGUUCGUCGGACGGAUUUAAUUUUAUUGCUGAAUUUUUGCGAUCAAGUGUCGAUGUUGCUGAUUUACUCGGUUUUGCUAUAAUUCUAUCAAGAAUACCCGGCAAGGGACAUAGUAAACUGAUUACUGCCGGCAUUGGCUGGGCAGCAGCUGAAGUAAUUUUAUCACGAGGCAUUAUGCUCUGGGUGGGUGCGCGUGGUACAGAAUUCAGUUGGGUGUAUAUACUUAAAUGUGUGGAGUCAAAUGUUUUAUUGAUCCAACAUAUUACAACGGCGACAUUAAUUUGGCUAUUUACCCGCCACGAUUUAAAUAAGUCACUAAAGCCAUUAGUGACAGUACUGCUUGCAAUUACCAUAUUCAAAGGAGUUUGGCUAGAGGGUAUUCUAGCAGUGCUGGCAUUUGGACCAUGGGCCUCCAUUGCCAUGAAAUUGUUAGUCGCUGCUUUAAUGGGAUUUGUUUCUCUACAUAUUUAUACAAAUUUAGCCCAAAAAAUUGGACUUUAAAUUUUAUUUUAUUUCAAUUUAACAUUUC